UAUUUUCGGUUGAUGAUGUUGUAUUUACCUAUGUCACUUCCCCAAGUUUAGGUGCUCGUACCCCAUUUGUUUACUUACCCUAGGUACACAGGCAAUUGGUCAAUAUACCUCCUGUGGCUUUCAUGUAUUCUUUCUAUAUACGGGCCAAAGAAGAUAGUUACUCGAUAUGAAAAUACUUCUUCUUGUUCUGACAAUCGCCUCGUUCGCUUUUGCACAGUUCUUGAACCCCCAUCCUGUCCAAGCAACGUGGAAGAUCGGCGAGAUUCAAAACAUUAACUUCAAGACAGCAUACACGACUUUCUCCAUCGCUCUCUGGCAGCAAGGUCCCGAUGGAAGCUCAGCAACUCUGGGGCCGAUAGUCUUUCAGACGGUUAACAAUGCCGCGACCCAAUUUACCUGGCUUGUCCAGGCCUACGAUUUUGACCUAGCGGUAUCAAAUGUAUUCUUUUUCUGGAUGUUCGAUGGAGAUCCUUCUUUACAAGGAAACCAACAAAUUCCUCAGAUGUCUUCUGCAUUUUUCACUAUAUCGAACGAAACCAUGGAUAGCACUACGACGGAGACAUCUCCCUCGAGCACUUUGCCCUUUCAAGUAACCACUGAAGGAACCACUCCAGGAACCACCCAGGGAACCGCUCAAGCAACUACUCAAGCAGCAACUACUCAAUUGGCCAUUCCGACACCGCCAUCUUCAACUAUAGAUCAGCCUGGAGAAGCUACCCAGAAUGAGACCGCCGAGAAAGAGCCCGACGACGACCUAAGCGCCGGUGCAAAGACUGGAAUAGGUGUUUCCGCCGGAGUAGUAGGUUUGUUGAUAAUCGUGUGUACCGGGUUAUACAUCGCAAAAUUGAAGAAACAGGUGGCCACGCAAUCGAACCCCUCAAGGGAAAUGUGGUCAGGUCCUCCGCCGGUGGAAAUCGAUAGUUAUACGCAGAGGCCAAAACAUGCCGAGUUGCCCUGAGAAGACAUAUCGACGACAAGUUGGUUUAUAAAGGAGCACUGGCGUUAUGCGUUUUAUGAGAUACCUAUUUCUGAAGCAAGUUGAUCUGAGUUUUGACUUGGGAUGGAAUACUUGAUUAAUUUCUUGUACAAAAUAGGGACUCUACAGUUAUUGGUGUUUCCUGUUCCUCCAGGUUAGGUACCACAUUUAGAUGAUUCCCUUGGACCCGAGUCUAUAUAGGAGGUAGUUAGUAGUAGUGCAGGACG